AUGAAUGAAGGAACCCAACUCUGGUUGAAUGAUGGUCGCUACCAACACCAGCCGGUGACAUACACAAGGCCUGAUUAUGCUGAUUCGAACUACUGCUAUGUGACGCUGUGCGAAUCCAGUGAAGUGGUGCAUGUUCUCAAGACUGACAUCACUGGCCCUGGUUCACACGCAAUUCGCCACCAGGCAAUGCAGACUAGGAAUUGGUAUGGAACCACCAAUGCCGACGACAUUGCUGCCAUGGGAGCAUGGAGAGCCCCCCUCGAGGAUCGAUGGAGGUUGAGGUCGGAGCGCCAGCAGGACAUAAUCGAGAUGUACCGAAUCAAGGAUCGAAAGAGGAUGCUCAAGACCAUCAAGAAUCUCAAGAGGGAAUUGCAGGAAGAAAAGGAAGCUCACGAGAGCCUCAAGAGGCAGUGCAGGGAUCUCUACAAGGUGAUGGUUGAGGAGUCGGAAGAUAACUAG